AUGGCCUCUAAAGCUCAAGCCAGGCGAACCGCACCAGGCCCCUCAGAAGCAGACAUCGCCGCGAACCGGGCCCGCCUCAAUUACUCCGAAGCCUCUCGUCUAGCAAAAUCAUGGCUCAGUGGGUUCACAUUCACUUCGACCGACCGCUGCGAUGACCGUGAAACGGAGUGGGAAGACGAGGAGGCCGAAAGGGACCUGCUCAAACAUCAGGACCGAUACUCCGACACUGGCGGGGUAGGAUACCAUGCGCCCGAUUCGUCUCUGUCCACGUCGACGUCGACCGCACGACCGGCGGUAACAGACCCAACGACCAUGUUCCUGCGGAAGGAGUUGCUGGGAGGUCGCAAUGGAGCCCGAAGCAGCACGGAAAUAAAGAGGCAUCAUGCAACAGCUGGGCGAGUCCGACCGCAGAUGCACCGGUCUGGAAAACAAGAUGAUUCCGACGAGAACGAAUCGAGGGCGACGGUGGGCAAGAGAAGAGGCACACGCAAGAAUAACGUCGCCAAGUCCGCUUCUUCUCAGACAGCUGCAAGUACAAGGGACACCGAGGAGGUCACCGCGCCCGAGUCAUUGGUUGGACAGAAAGCAGCGAGUCCCAGUCUCAAUAGCACCGACACUGGCAUAUCUACUCAACCACCAUCCGCCGUAGUCAAGGCGAGCAAGAAGCGCGGGGCUGGCAGUUACCUGGACGAACUCCUCGCCUCAAGAGCUGCAAAAAAGCAAAAGAAGAACAAGGGAAGGGGCAGCAAGCCCGAUUGA